CUUAACUUGAUGCUGUAGAUUAUGGUCCUAGAAUUUGUAGUCUAUCCUAGCUCACUAUCAAACCGUGAGCUUUAGUCGACACAUUCUGAAUACUUGAACCCUUUUGUCCUAUUUGUAACUCCAACAGAUAUCAAUUACUUCGUUGUCAACCCCAAGUAAUAGGCCUUGGUGAUUAUCCUUUUCCCCCUUUAGCUUCGCACUUCUCGGGGUUCCCUGCUGUUUGGUAAUGGAAGACGACUAUGAUUCGGGAGAUGAUCUGCUUGCCGACAUCAAUCCUGAUGAGCUUGCUAGCCCUCAAAAGAGAACGCUCGAGUUUGAUGAAGACGGCGGACAUGAUGAUUCUCACUUGAAGAAACGUAUUAAGGUCAACGAUGGCAUCGAUUCAUCUAAUGUCGAACUUGCCCGAACUAUUCUUCGUCAGAAGUUUGGCUAUGACAGCUUUCGGCAUGAACAGGAGAAAGCCAUCGAAGCAUUACUUCUAGGUAACAAUGCUUUGGUUGUUUUUCCUACGGGCGCAGGAAAGUCACUCUGUUAUCAAGUUCCAGCUGUCGCCUUUGAGGAAUUAGACAGACACAGUGGAGAAGAGAGAAAAUUCGGAUCGGGACUCACCAUUGUUGUCUCCCCACUAAUUGCUCUCAUGAAGGACCAGACAGAUGUCCUCAAGGGGAAAGGUAUUGCAGCUGAAUGCUCGGACUCAACAAAGUCAUACGAGGAACACCAGAAGACACACAGCGAUAUCCAUUCUGGACGGCUGCGUCUUCUUUACUGCUCGCCAGAGAAGCUCAACAACGAGACCUUUGUUGCUAGCAUGAAGCAUGUACCAGGAGGCAUUCGCCUGAUUGCCGUCGACGAAGCACACUGCAUAUCCGAGUGGGGAGCUACCUUCCGACCUGAGUACUUGAAAGUGGCAAGGUUUGCGAAAGAAAUCAAAGCAGAGAGAGUCGUAUGUUUGACUGCAACUGCCACACCACGGGUGGUUGACGACAUUUGCGAGGCCUUCUCAGUGGCUAAGGCCAACGUUUUCCGUACUUCACCAUACAGACCGAACCUGCAGCUAUUGGCAGAGGCUACAGACACCAAACAAGACAAAUACCCGAAAUUGUUCAAGUUCCUACGGGAUCAUCCGGGCCCAACGCUUGUCUAUGCCACACUUCAGAAACAGGUCGAGGUAUUGGCCGACGACCUUGCAGGCCAAGGAUUCGAAGCAGUAGCGUUUCAUGCUGGCAUGAAAACGGAAGUGAAAACAGACAUACAAGAGCGGUUCAUGGCAUCAAAGAUUCGAAUUGUGGUUGCAACAAUUGCUUUCGGCAUGGGUAUCGACAAGUCUAACAUUCGCAACAUCGUGAACUGGGAUAUCCCUAACACAAUCGAAGAAUAUAGCCAGCAGAUUGGGCGUGCUGGCCGAGAUGGCCAACCCAGUACUUGUAUGGUCUACAUAUGCCCCGACGACUUCUAUAUCCGAGAAAAUUUUGCCCGUGGCGAUUUACCUUCACGCCAAGCACUUCGCAAUUUACUUAAGGAUGUUUUCACCCGAGAGCCCACCAUAGAUGUGGAAGGAAAUGUCAUCAAGCUUGGUCAUACUGACCUCUCUAGAGCCUAUGACAUUAGAGCGAGUCCAUUGUCAGUGUUGUUCGCUACUCUUGAGCUUCGCUUUGGUCUCCUCAGGGCAAUUACCCCAGAAUACACCAAGUGGACGUUCAAGGACAUGGGUACCUACAACGCGCUUGCGUCGAAAGACAAAUCGAAGGAAGGCAAAGCAAUUUUCAUGUUUGCUCAGAAGGCUAAGACACAAUACCACUUCGAUCCUAACCAGGCAGUGGCUGGAGCAGGUAUACUCCGAGCUGACUUGAUGAACAAAAUCAAUGACUGGCACAACCGUGGAAUUAUCGAGGUCACUGCGUCAGGAGUUCAGAACAGAUAUCGCAUUUUGCAGAAACUUCCGACCGCGGAUGGUGACCUAGACACCUUGACAGACAAUCUCUAUGCAGAUAUGGAGGCCCGAGAGAAAGAUGCUCUACAACGUACCCAAAACGUGGCAAACUUGAUCACCGGAAACGGAUGUUUUGCCUUUGCCUUGGCAAAUCAUUUCGGUAUGGGCUUGCCAGACAAGAAGACUCAUUGCGGCCAUUGUACUAUCUGUAUGACAAAGAUGCCUGUUGUGCUUCCAAAAAAGCCGACACCAGUAAUCGAUCACGACGGAAUACAGAAGGUCUUGGAUGCCUGCAGUGUCCGCGACGACCCUCGCUUCCUUGCGCGAGUCGCCUUCGGCAUCAAGAGCCCACGCGUCGGCCAACUGAAGCUUGGCAAUCAUGCUGUCUUUGGGUCGCUCGUUGAGCAGCCCUUCGAUGCACUUCUUCGGGAAUUUGAGCAUGCUUGCAAAUCUUCCAAGUAUAGCUCAUUAAGUAACCCUGAUGCAACAAGUACAGCGAACAAGACUAAGAGCGAGUCUGAUUCCGCGAGAGGCUCCUACUCCCAUCGAGGUAGUAAUGACAGGGGAUCGACAAGGGGAAGAGGCAGCUUAACGAGAGGUCGGGGUCACAUUAGGGGCUCAUAUGGUAGUAGGUGAUGAUCUACUUAUUCGGUCUACUUUCUAUGGCUAUGCAAGGUUCUGCGGCAACGGCUCCAUCUUUAUGAUACCAUGUUUAAGUAAGCAUAUCCAGUCAACUCAUGAGAGGAUACAAUAGG